CUUUCAUUGAUAAGUGUUUCUAUUGAGUGAGCCAUGAAGCUCCGUUUACUGAGUGUAUUUUUAUUUGUUAUUUAUUCAAGCAAAGUUAUUGCGUUAUGGUGGUGAGUACUGUGCACAGUCAGAAAAGUCCUGACAUACCAGAAAUCCGCGGUUUAAUAAUCCCUAUAUUACUUAGCUUAGUAGAUUACUAAAACAUAGUACUUUUAAUCGUCAAUGCAGGUCACUCGAGACGUCAAUGCAACAAGACCCUAAUGUCGUGUGUAAGAAAACGCAGUCAUUCUUCCAAAGAAAGGAAGACUUUUGCAAAUCGAAGCCUGAACUGAUUUCUACCGUUCUUGGGGGGGUGAAAGGUUCCGUCGAAGAGUGUCAGUGGCAGUUUAGAAACAGGCGAUGGAACUGCUCGACGUCUAAGAAUUUUGUCAAGAAAAUUCUUCGCUACGGUAAGCGAUAAUGAACGCUAGUCAAAUGCUGUUAUCUGGUCACACUUAACAAACUCUGCAUGAAAAAUUCAUCGGCCGGUGCGUUGCUUGAUCGCACAACAAACCACUUCACUUGACAACGAUGAAUAAGCACAUACGACCUAAAGCACUAUUCAACUUAAAGUUCUAUUUUUUCUACAGACUACCGAGAGACGGCGUUCAUCUACGCCAUUACAUCGGCUGGGGUUACCUUUUCUGUCACGCGAGCAUGUAGGUUGGGUCAACUUCACCAAUGUGGAUGCCGCAAAGUAAAUCCGCAACAGAAACAGCAAGUCAUCGCCAACAAUGUGAUUCAGUCGUUCCCUCGAAACGAAUACCCUUCUACAGACAACCAAGUUCCAAGCCAGGCAUUUCCCAUCGGCGAAACUGAGCAGUUCGAAUGGGGAGGUUGCAGCGACAAUAUCCAUCACGGCUACGCGAUGUCGCGGCAGUUGAUGCAAGAAGAAAAAAACAGAGACGGUCGAUCCAUGAUAAUCGAACAUAAUAAUGAAGCAGGACGAUUGGUAAGUGAAAAGCAUUUCCGGGCUUACACCAAGCUUUGUCAUGAGUUGCCAAAGCCCUAUCCUUUUCUCACUUAGAUAAACGACAAACAAACAAGAGCUCGUUCUUGGUUUUCCGGCCUUAAACUUGGCAUUGCUGUUGCGGAACGCCAAAUUAUAUCACCCAGACAGCUAAGCAAUCAAACACGCACUCGUCACAACACAGCGCCUUUUUGAAAGGCUGUGAAAGCAAUUGUCAUGCAAUUACUGCUAAGUAAUAAGCUUGUUUAAGUUAACGAGGUAAGAAAAAUAUUCGCGUAUUCUCUUGGAUUCCACGGCACUUAAGUAACGAGCCAGCCGUUUGCUGCAUAAUUAAAAACAGGUCAUUUUGUGAUCAUGGUAUCUGCCGUUCGUUUGAGUUUGUAUCGUCUUUGGUGGCAUCAUUUAUUUCAAGUUGAUAGUACAAUUUUGAUUAGGACUUAAGCCCUGAUAACAACAUUGGGUGUUAAAGAGACUAGCGUUGGCUUGCGAAAGUGCAUCAACUCUGAUUUCCGGCGGGAGCAGAUUGUUUUCACUGCUAUCUUAAGCUUUUUUACGUAUCACAGAAAUGCCGAUAAGCCAUCUAAAAGCAACGAAGACAAAGCAUAGCUUGGACGCAAGUGGCGUGAAAAAAGUUAAUUUGUCACCUACACGACCGCUCGAACAAUUAUCGCGAAGCUAUCCAAUCUUAAUGUUAAUUUUUUCGAAGAAAAGCUAAAUUACAUAUACGCCUUCCACUAAUCACCGAAUUUGUUAUAUUUGCAUACCUUUUGUGGGAUCUCAAACCUUUGUUUACACUUAAAAAGAAUGAGUUAACAGUAUACCUCUAAUUUCUGAUUCCUCAAACACGUUAAACACAGAACACCGACAAAUAAAUGUUUUUCUAUCGAUUUGACUGUUUAACCCAAUUAAAAGUAAAGUAAGACGCUUCAAGCCAACUCUUUUAAUAAAACGGUUGCAUACAAUCACUAGGACGUCUAAAUGGCUCAGUUUGCUUUAAUCAGUUCUUCACACCACCGCAUUAAAUCUUCACAGGAAUUUAAUUUUCUAGUGUAAACUUUAUUGACAGAGUAGUUAAUUCAAUUUUGACAGUUUACCUUACAAGUGGAAACUGUGAAAGACAAGUGCCUCCGUCUUUGGCAGGUUGACACGAACGAAUUCCCUUGGUAAAUAUUUGCGUCUCAUUUAAAGUAAACCACUAUUUUUGUCUCUUCUAUACCAGUUUAUCCUUAACACUUAUCCGCGCGUGAAACAAAUACUUUCAAUUGGAACAAAGGUGCCGCAACUUAUAAAGACAACAGCCGCUUGGGAAAGUGAUAGCUGGCGAAAUUUUGAAACGCAACUCUAGAAAAAGAUACCUUCCACGAUAAAAUUAAUCCAAAAUGCCAUAGAUAACCUAGCUAGAUCAAUCUCGAGUUAGUUACUCAUAAUUGUAACGACCUGUUUGGUUUCUUUCAUCUUUCUUAGGCAGUCAAGCGUAACAUGCAAACAGAAUGCAAAUGCCAUGGUCUCUCGGGUGCCUGCUCUCUUCAAACGUGUUGGAAAAAGAUGCCGCUCUUUAGAAACGUGGGCGACAAACUGAAAGCCCGUUUCGAUUCUGCCAUCAAGGUGAUUAUAGGAAAUAGCGGAGAUCGGUUAAUCAAAGAAGGAGAAACAAUAAAACCUCCAACAGAAAUCGAUUUGGUUUAUACUACCGAAUCCCUAAACUUUUGCAAAGCGGAUCCCUAUAUGGGCUAUCAUGGCACUGUGGGCAGACGGUGUAAUGAUACAAGCAUGGGAGUGGGAGGGUGUCAAUUGCUUUGCUGCGGUCGCGGAGCACGAAUGAGAAAAUUGGUCGUAACAGAAAAUUGCCAAUGCCGUUUUCUGUGGUGCUGUACAGUCAAAUGCAAGAGAUGCCGGAGAGAAGAAGACGUCUUUACUUGUGAAUAACUUUCCUGCUGCUCGGACACACACAAACACACAAGAGACAGUCACGUCAAAUGUCAUGCGAACAAUGGUAUGCACUCAACAAAGAUUAUUUGAACGGUUAAGAUUAUGUACAACUUUCAAGAAAAGAACCACUCCUUAUGACAAGUGAUACCCCAGCUAGAGGAAAGUAUUUAAUAUAUGUUUUCAAAUAUCAAUUUUAGCGGAAUCCAAACAGACAGCUGGAGGUCACGGCACGACUAAAUUGUAAACACUUGAACGUUGUGUCUGAUAGAGAUAUGAAUACUACAACGAUGGAAUAGUCAUGCAAUGCUGUACCAGGAUUUUUUCCUUUACUGAACCUUGCAGGUUUUUCAUGACCAAAUGAAAGCUUCAUUGCCAAAUUUCCAAGACAAUCGAACCCACAGCUUGGUCGAAGUGAAGUACAGCACAAGAUGAAAACAGUGUCAUCUUGAAGGAUUCAGAAGUAGACACUCUUCAUUUAAUCCCCUUGGAGUUGAUUAGCACUAUGAGCUUUGAAGGGGUUUUUUAAUUGUCGACGUUUAUUGCAAACAUUCAAAGUAACAGCAGGGUUUCAGGCUUCACGAUUGAGAGCCUAUACAGAAAAAUGUGACCUUUCAAAUUACCUUCCGACAAGUGUUCUGCGCCUUUAACUAAUUUAUAUAAACUCACGUUACAACCAAAACAUUCUGCAUUAUUUCAUGUUAAUACCCAUUUGUUUUCUUAAAGGAUUUCACUAAUGAGGGCACAAAAGAUCAGAAGACUUAGUAGCAACAGUUCAGUCCGGAAAUCGCCAUGUAAUGGCC